ACACGCAAAGAAGAGUCCGCACAGCAGUAGUGGUGUGUACCGGUGGGUCUGGGUGUCUCUCAUCUCUCUGUCUCUCGUCGUCGUAUUAUCAUCAUCAUCAUCAUUAUUAUUAUUAUUAUUAAUAUAGCGCGCGCCGCGGACGUGAACGGUUUUCCGUGAGUGCGGGUUCGCUGGUCCGUUUGUGCGCGUGUGUAUGCGUAUGUGUGUGCGUGUGCGCGCGCGCCCGCGUUGUGCCCGCAGGAGCGAGAAACGUGGUGCUGCGCGAGUGGGGCGCACUGCCGCACGGCCGAUACUACGUGAAAUUGCAAUAUCUUAUUUAUAGAAAUAUUACCGUCGUCGUUUAACAUUAUCAUUUUCAAAUGGUCCGCGGGCGCAUUUGUGCGACCGACCCGUCGUCUUCUUCGCGGUUUCAGUCGUGCAUGACCGGUGCCGGGUUCAGCGCGAAUCCUGUUCCAACGUUAUAAAUAUUUAUUUUGUAUUACCGCGCACGUAUUCCUCCGUUUCUCCUCGUGGUUUUAACAAGUAUCAAUUAUAAUAUUAUGUCGCGUGUCGUCGACGCCGAGCUCCGUUGUACGAGACCACCGCCACCGUAUCAGCAGCCGCCGCCGCUGCCGGCGUCGUCGUCGUCAUCGUAGGGCAGAAACGCACUGCAGCCAUCGCCGCAAAUUCUGCAAUCGCCGCCACUCCCUUAUUACUCACGGACGAGUCGAAGAAUGGGGGAGGACGGUGGAGGGUGGUGACCAGAACAGUCGCAGGGGUUGGACAUGGGCAACAAACUGAGCUCCUGCGGACCUCUAAUCAAAAAAUCAUACAGAUACGAUGAUGUUUCCGGACCUUUUCAAAGCUCAUCGAGAAGAAGAGAUGGUCAUAUUCUCAGAUUAUGGGCCGAAGUAUUUCACGUGAGUGCCAAAGGAGAAGAAAUAAAAUGGCAACAAAUAUCAGAAGAUCUCGUUCCUGUAAAUAUUACAUGCUUACAAGAUGGACCAGAGUAUAUUUUUCAUAUUACUGCUUACAACAGCCAAGUGGAAAAAAUCAUGGAUAUUCGUCUGGUUCAGCCAGGCACAAAAAUAGGGUUAGCUUCAGAAUGUUUUGCAUAUUGGAAAGAACCACAUAGUAAUGAUACUUGGGGCUUAAAUUUUACAUCACCAAUAGAUGCUAAACAAUUUAAAGAAUGUUGUACUCCAACUGUGAAAUUGUCUCGGAAAUCGUCUUCUUCGUAUUCAUUAAAAUUAGAUACUUCGAAAAGGCAAAAUACAAAGGUAAGAAGGAAACCGGUAUCAACACCAACAUCACCAAGCAGAUCGAGAGAGCCACAAUGUACUUGUAUGACAGCUGACCAAUUUAAUAGGCUUAGGGCGCAAGAUCCAAGAUACAAUAAAGAAAGAUCUUCAACUUUACCGCGUUCUCACACUCGACAAAUUUCACUUGGAGAUGGACCAUCGGAAGCUGAUAAAACGGCAGUACUUGAAGAUACGUCCAAACAGACCAUAUCCCGAAGCUCAAACACGAGAGACAGAGAAACUGCCACGCCCGGUGGGAAAUUAAAUAUCACUGGAACUGGGUCACAAACAGAACAGGGUCAACAGGAAAGUUAUAAAAGUGAAGGAGUACAAACAAUCGGUGCUAAGACUACGUCUACCACGGGGACAUGUACUCCAAGAAUGUCUUCUAAAGACUAUUCUGAAGGGUACGUGGAGUCAGACUUAUUUAAACCAACGACAACAACGAAAAAUCCACGAAAUCAAAAUAAAACAUAUAGAGACGACUACCGAUAUAGAGAUAAUAUGGGAACAAUGAAACGCACAUUAAAGCCAAUGCCGUCGUUAGAAAGUCCUGUUACUUCACCAGAAAUGACUCGAAGACGUGGUUAUAGUUAUUACCAUCAACCACCACCAGUAUCUACAAUGACACCCCCUAUACCACAAUGUCCAAGGCAAUCAUUAUCAGAACCGGAAUCGAAUGUUAAACAUAGAAAUUCUAGAUUUAAUACUUCAGGUUCCCGCUCAUCAUAUGACAUUGGUCGAAAUGGUCAAGUAAGAGACCCCAGAGGACUGUACUUAGAACUAGAUCGAAAUGGACGACCUACUCCAGCUGGAGAUGCUUCGCCACUAUCCGAUAACGCUAUGUUUGAUAAUCAAUGUUAUGCGACUACACCUAGCUCAAGCAAUGGUAAUUCCGACCAGGAUCAGAGUAACAAUAAAGGCACAUCAGGACGUUAUCAAAAACACGAUAAUCAAGCAACAAGUACUCCAGGUUCACCAACUAGUCGACUUUUACUUGAAUAUGAAAUGCACUUACGAAAUACUUUAGCACGUGGUAUGGAUGCUGAGAGUUAUAGUUUGCAUACAUUUGAAGCACUAUUAACACAGAGUAUGGAAAAUUUAGAAAUGGCCGAAAAACUACCUCCAUUAAAUUCAAGAAGUCCGUAUCCAACAAGAAGACGCCCUAUGAGUGCGGGUGGCAGCUUUAAUAGAUCUUUUACACUUCCACAUCGGAUUGAAAGGUCGUCGAGUGCUACCAAAGAAGGAUAUUAUAGUGAUAGGCAAGAUGCAGCAAGAGAACGAGACAGGGAACGAGGAUAUUUAUCUGAUCAUGCUCUUUCUAGCAACAGAUGUGCGAACUGUUGGAAUGAAUCUGCUCGAGCUCAAUGGUUUAGACAUAGCGAUGGUUGGCGGUGUGGAUCUUCAGCUAUGGGAAGUAGUGCAUCGAAUACUGGGGUUCCAUACGGUUCAUUUGAUGGAAAUCACGUCCAUCAUCAUAUAACAACAGCAAGGCCCAACAAAAGAUCUGCUUGGGAGUCCUUGCCAUCACUUCGGCAUGAAAACAGUCUUAUAGCAGAUAAUGGAUGUAAAUCUAAUAGAAAUGAGUCAUUCGAACAAAGGAUGUUUGAACGGCAAGAUAGUGCAAGAAUGGAUUAUAUGACUGAAAGGGAGGCUAGACAUAGUUUUAGCGGAAUUACACAGCAGACUUCCGUUGAAAGUACAGAUUCUCGUCUUUGCUAUCUUACAUCAUCGGAGAUAUCAGACGACGAUCGUAUGUCUUUGACAACCGCUAUCAGUGACGAAGAUGACGCAGAGAGCACUCAAAAUUCACCAUACCGGGGUAAACAAACAGGGACUGCAGCCGCCUCGUUUAAUUGUACGGGAGCUGUCAGAAAAGCAGGGUUUUUGAGCGUAAAAAAAUGGCUAUUGCGCAAAAAACACCAAAUCGAGCUUGCCAGAAAAAGAGGUUGGAAAGGUUAUUGGGUGUGUCUCAAGGGUACAACGUUACUCUUUUACCCAUGCGAUUCCAGAGAAGGACGGAGUGUAGAAGCUGCACCAAAACACCUUAUUAUCGUCGAUGGAGCAAUUAUGCAACCUAUCCCAGAACAUCCAAAGAGAGAUUAUAUUUUCUGCUUGAGUACAGCUUUUGGAGACGCCUACCUGUUUCAGGCCCCUUGUCAAGUAGAGUUGGAAAAUUGGGUGAACAGUAUCCACUCAGCAUGUGGGGCAGCAUUUGCUAGGCACAGAGGGAAAAUUGGUACACUUCAUUUGUUACAAGAGGAAAUUUAUAGAAUCGAAAAGCAAAUAGAAGCGGACCAAAAACUUAAACAUAUGGCUGAAGAACAAGUAGAAAUGCUUACCGAUCCAGAUACAAAAGAACAAAUAAAAAAACAAAUUUUAGCUUGGGAAGAAAAUUUAGAAAGAUUACAUUGCGAACAGUUCCGACUCAAAUGUUAUAUGGCCAGUUUACAAAAUGGUGAACUACCAAAUCCAAAGAUUCUUUUAACACGUGUGUCCCGAGCAACGAAAAUUACACUGAACAAAUUAGGCGUAUUUACUGUAUCUUCACUACAUGCAUUUAUAUGUGCUCGUUCUCCGUCAUUGCUCAACAAUCUUUUGGCUGGACGUGGUGCGACAAAAAGAAAAGCUCCUGUCUUAUCUCGUUCAAACAGUGGUUCAGGUAGAAGGUCAUUGCAAUCAUCAACAUCAAGAGAUGAUCCAGAAAAAACAGUAAAAGUAUCCCUGCCUGAUAAUCAAUCCGUACAAAUUUAUUUACGGGAAGGAAUGACUGUGGACGAAUAUUUAGCAUUAUCUUGUUCGAGAAAAGGACUUAAUCCGAUGGAGCAUUUUGUCAGGGUAAAAAAGAGAAGAGAUAUGGAAGAUCACAAUUAUUUUGUUCCUCAUCGAACUGACAGUAUUGAAACUUAUUUACAUACACAUGAAGUUGUUGAAGUUCGGGCCAAAAUUCUUUACCAAGUAGAGCUUGAAAGAAAUACAUUAGAUCAUAUGUGGGGAUUUUCAGUAGAAGCAGAACUCAUUGAAAAUGCUGAAAGACAAGAUGAGCUCUGUUGUUAUGUGAGCAGAGUUGAAGACAAAGGAAUUGCAAUUCAAAACGGCUUAAUUAAAGGUGAUGAAAUAAUGGUAAUAAAUAGUGCCAUCGUGAGUGAUUUAGACAUGAUGUACUUGGAAUCAGCUCUCCAAGAAGAACUUUCUUUGAGUAUGAUGAUGAGAUCUUCCAGAACUGAACCUCCUCAGUUACCUUCUGGCUCUAGAAUUAUAUCAAAGACUACUGAUGAUAUAAUUCAAUCUUUAGUUUGUCCUCCGCCACCUACAGAUCCACCAGUAAUUUCAGAAGAAAUGAUAUCUGGAUUAAUUGUGCCGGCUCCAGGGUGGAACAGGGAAGGAAUUUAUGAAUUGGAAACUAACAAUAUGUCACAAGAUUCAAAACUUGCUUCCAGAGGAAAUUCUUUUGAAAUUGAAAAUUUAAUUAAGAGUGCUGGUGAAGUAACCGGAUUCUGUAGAUCACCAGAGCCAGCGAGAAGAUCUAGCCCUACCGUAAUGUCUGUUAUACAAAAUCCUCCAUUAACUAUUGGUCGACAAUUGACGGAUGCCGAAAAACUUAGAAAAGUAAUUUCUGAACUUAUAGAUACCGAAAAGUCAUAUAUUAAGCACUUAAACAAUCUACUAGAAAAUUAUUUAGAACCACUUAGACAAGAAACAUUUUUAACUGGAGCAGAAAUAGCCGUUCUGUUUGGUAAUAUCCAAGAAAUUGUUCAGUUUCAACAUCAAUUCUUACAAAAUUUAGAAGAAGCCUUGCAUCAAGAACCUAAUUUCCAUAAAUUUGAUCAACCAGAACAAUUCAAAAAUAUACUUUUUUCCAUUGGUAGUGCCUUUUUAUAUUAUGUGAAUCAUUUUAAAUUAUACAGUUCAUUCUGUGCAAGCCACUCUAAAGCUCAAAAAAUACUUAAUCCAAAUGAAGGCAAUCAAGCUUUACAAGAAUUUUUAUGUUCGAGAAACCCUAGACAGCAACAUUCUUGUUCAUUAGAAUCGUAUUUAAUCAAACCUAUACAAAGGAUAUUAAAAUAUCCUCUUUUACUACAACAGCUAAGAAAUCUAACUGAUCCUCAUUCAGAUCAACAUCUGCAUCUUGUUGAAGCACUUAAGGGAAUGGAAAAUGUCGCUGAACAUAUCAACGAAAUGCAAAGAAUACAUGAAGAAUAUGGGGCUAUUUUCGAUCACUUAUUUAGACAACAUCAAAAAUCUUGUAAACAAUCUAUUGAUUUGUCACCCGGUGAUUUGUUGUAUUACGGAGGAGUUGAAUGGUUGAAUAUAUCCGAUUUCCUCGGCAAAAUAAAAAAAGGUCUAGAAUUACAUGCAAUGUGUUUUGUAUUCAAAUCAGCCGUAGUGUUUUUAUGUAAAGAACGUCUAAGGCAAAAAAAGAAAUUAAUGAGUGUAUCAGGAAAAAGUGAAAUGGAAAUAAUUAGAUAUCAAGUCUUAAUACCAGUAACUGAAGUGCAAGUUAGAGCAAGUUCAGCUAAAGAUAUGGAGACACAUUUCUUAUGGGAACUGAUACAUUUACGAAGUCAAUCGCACAGAAGAGCUGAAAAGAUUUAUGUCCUUUCCAAUAGUACUGCCGAAUUCAGAAAUGCAUUCUUAAAAACUAUACGUCAAAUAAUUCGUGAAAGUGUUAGAAAUAUGAGUAUUCCUACUGCCAAACCUUCAACUAAUACCCCAGCUCAAUUAGUAAGCAAUACCGCAACUUUAGGAAGACAAACUAUUAGUACUGGAGGUCUACAAUUAAAAACAGAAGACCAAAAACACUCUCAAAAUUCUAAUCUAGCACAAGGAUCUCAAACACUUGGUAAACCUAAAAAAAUUCCUCCCAAACCACCUCAGAGACAUUCUUCGGGAAGCUCUAUGAGUAAAGUCGAGUUGAGAAAUCAAGGAACAUCAUCUACUGAUUCUACAACGGAUACAGCAGGGACGCAAACUAUUUUGCCAAAUUAUAGACCAAGAAGCAGGGAAGAUAGAAAAGUUGAUGAUCAAAAAUCUGAAGGUGAAGAUGAUAGCAACAGUCAACCUGGGCCAUCUAAAGGACUUCCGAUGCAUGGUAGUUUGGGAAAAACGCCCAAUUACUUAAUGCUUAGUACCACUUCUACGUUAUCAGCUAGUAGUACGGGCAGUCAAGCAGCCAGGCUGGUGGAAAGAUCACAACAACCAGAAAACUAUCAACCACCUCAGGUGCAGGACCUCGGUUCUCCAGUUUGGAAGCCCAGAGAAUUGGGAGAAUCGUCAACAUUGCCACGAAAAAAAAAAUCGAAUCAGGAGCAGUUUGAAACAAGGACAAUGGUGAGAAAAGGAGAGAAAAAGGUUAAAAAAUGAAUAAAAACGCGGGACAAUCACUUAUUAAAAAAUAUUACACGUAUAAA